AUGAAGGUGAAGAAGACGUGGGGGGCCACGCUGACCACCCUGCAGGACAUGACGGUGCCGGACGACUCGGACGUGUCCGGGAGCUUCACCCACAGCCCGUCCUCUGAGUCGGUGAAGUCCAGCGUGUCGGACGGCUACCUGAACAAGCCCAGCCUGGCCAAGAGGAGGGCCAACCAGCAGGAGACGGAGCUCUUCUACUUCACCAAAUUCAGGGAGUAUCUGGAGGGCAGCAACCUGAUCUCCAAGCUGCAGGCCAAACACGACGUGCUGAAGAAAGCCAUAGCUGAGGGUUACAAGGCUGACAUGCUGACCACCAGCCGCGGACGCAAAAACUCCCACAGCAAACACCAGGAUUCAACCAAAGCCAUACCGUUGCUGGUGGAGAGCUGCAUCCGAUACAUCAACCUGCACGGCCUCCAGCACCAGGGAAUCUUCCGGGUGUCCGGGUCCCAGGUGGAGGUGAACGACAUCAAGAACUCCUUCGAGAGAGGUAACGACCCGCUGAUUGACGAGGAGAGCAGCCGGGACAUCAACUCUGUGGCGGGCGUUCUCAAGCUCUACUUCAGAGGCCUGGAGAACCCUGUCUUCCCCACGGACAGGUUUAACGACCUCAUUUCCUGCGUCCGCAUGGAGAACCUGUACGAGCGUGCGCAGUGCAUCCGUAAGAUCAUGCUGGGCGUGCCCCGCGCCACGCUGGUGGUGAUCCGCUACCUGUUCGCCUUCCUCAACCACCUCUCUCAGUACAGCGACGAGAACAUGAUGGACGCGGGGAACCUGGCCAUCGUGUUCGGGCCCACGCUGCUGCCCACGCCCGACACUCUCGACCAGGUGGCCUGCCAGGCGCACGUCAACGAGGUCAUCAAGACCGUCAUCCUGCACCACGACAACAUCUUCCCCGACACCAAGGAGCUGUCCGGGCCCGUGUACGAGAAGUGCAUGACCGGGGACCAGUACUGUGAGAGUCCGUUCAGUGAGCCCGGUGCCCUAGAGGAGGCGGAGCCUGACGGAGGCACCGAGACCCAAACCAGCGAAGAGGAGGGGGAGUGUGUGGAGGCGGUGGCGCGGUUCGAGUACUCGGGGCGGUCGGCCCGGGAGCUCUCCUUCCAGAAGGGCGCCGUGUUGCAGCUGUUCCAGCGCGCGUCACAUGACUGGUGGGAGGGCCGGCACAACGGCAACCACGGACUGGUGCCGCACCAGUACAUCGUGCUGAAGGACAGGGCGGACGUCAUGUCGGACACCAUGAGUCAGACGGCGGACAGCGACGGCGGCGGCAGCAGCAGCACGGACGACAAGCGGUCCCGGAGCGAGCUCAGCUCCCCCACUGACCUCCGGCCCCCGGAGACCUUUAACAGCCACCGGCGCAAGCGGACCGACGGCCUGUUCCGCCGGCCCCUGGGCCGCUCCAACGACAACCAUCACCACGGCAACGGCGGCGCGAUGGAGCGCAGCUCGCCGCCCGUCACGGGCCACUUCAGCCCGCGGGAGAUGCUGCUGGGGCGGGGCCAGGGGAUGACCCCGCCCCUGGACAGCCCCGAGCGGCGGCGGCGCUCGGCGGCGGCGGCCGUCACCAUGAUGGUGAGCCGCCACGACUCGCUGCGGCGGCCCGAGGACACGCCCCUCCGGCGCUCCAGCAGCGGGCAGCACAGCUUCACCGACGCCCUGCGCUCCCGCGCCCUGGACCCCGACGCCAUGGCCCAGGACAUGGAGGAGUCGGUGAGUGUGGUCCUGGGCGAGCUGCGGCAGCUGGAGCGCCAGGGCUGCCGGCCGGCCCCCGACGUGGUCCUGGACACCCUGGAGCAGAAGAGCGGCUCCACCUCCACCUCCUCCUCCACCAACACCACCUCCUCCUCCACCGCCACCACCUGCUCCUCCGAGUCGCCCAGCCCCCACAGCACCCCCAGCACGCCCGGCACCCCGGGGACCCCCGGGACCCCCAGCCCGCUCAGCCCUCUGAGCCCCAUGAGCCCGCUGCCCGGCCCGCCCCCCCGGCCCGGUAACCCCUCCCCCGACGGCAUGGCGUCCUUCAAGCCCGUGGCGGCGGCGGCGGGGGCACCCCCCCGCAUGGGGGUCCCGCUGCGGCCCCCGGCCCUGAGGCCCAAGCCGCCCGUGCCGCCCAAGAGCAGCACCCCCCCGCCGCCGUCGCCGCUGGACAAAUCUUGCACCAUGUGA